UCACAUAUAGUCGGGUGAUACAUAUAGAAAAACAUUUCUUGUUUUUAGGAGAUAGGAGAUAGCGAAAUUCCAAGAAAUACCAACGCAAUUCCGAGUAGAAAGAGCUCCGAUAAGGCGACACGUUUCUGAGACAAGCCGCUUUUUUUGCAAUCGGAUCGCGUCUGCCGGAAACAUAAGACAUUAGUAGUAGGUGAGACUAUUUCAGGAGCACGUUUUGCAUCGCCCUUUCAAAUUGGACAGACAUUAAUAAAUUGUUCAUGUUUUCCCUCUCAUGCCGUUUUGUUGCAAUCACCCAUCCGGCACGGCGAUAAUUUCCCAACAAUUCUUGCCAACCGGCCUCCGAUCUGCAAUCAUUUCAGCAAUGGUUUUGUUAUCAUUAAUCUGAAAAUGUUUUUCACGUAUGUAUGUAUAAUCAAUUUUAAACAAUAUUAAAUAAGGGGAAAUUAAAUUUUAAGGAGAUAUAUGGUAUUAAAUUUCAAGAAACAUUUAAUGAUUGCAGAGGUGUUGCAUCUUAACAACAAUGCAACAUUUCCAAGCUUUAAAAUUUAUUUUUCUUAAAUAACACCAUAGUUAAUAGUUACUAUAUCUGUUACAGUGUAAGUAUAAUGGAUUAUUAUGAACUUAUCGUUCGCUAAUGUUAAGUCAAGUUAAGUUAACCAUUUCCAAAUAGAAGCGACUAGACGGGAUUGGACGAAAUACCCCAAGAAAAGUGAAAUUCCCCACGCGAUGGCGCAACUGAUGGAGGCAGCCAAGCAGAAUCUCCAGCCAUAAAUUGCAGCUCUACAAUUUGUCGCCAGUCUCUUCAAAUCCCACCAAUUUUGUUAUAAAGUCGAUGACAUUAUGGCUGCCCAGCUUAGUCAUAAUGUUCACCAGCAAACAGAAGCUUCAGGCCUUGGUGUUGAGCCUGGGACUCAGUGUAGCACUGGUCCAGAACACCACCGGCGAUGAGAGGGAGACCGGUAGGCUAGGAAACCAGCUCGAUCUGUCCAGUUCAGCCAGCGGAAAAAGCUUAGAACCACCACCGGAAUUCUACAGAGGACCGGAAUCAAUAGAUGGUCCGGAAACGAGUCCCUUGAGCGGAACCAACGGACAUCCUUCUCUGGGAAGUGUCGGGGAAAGUCUAAGUGAGACGUACAAGAAGUGGCGCGGUCUUGGAGGGGCUGGUCUGCAACAACGUAUCAGUGUGGGACACUACGCUGGCUCAGGAGAAGCCCCUUCACACGCCCCACCGGUGGGAGGCUUCGAAAGCAAUUCUCAUCCGUAUCCCUACGAGUAUUCCCACGGAAAUGGAGCUGCAGCUGGAAUUGGUGGAGCAGGAUUCGGGUCCGGAAGUGGUGCCUAUUAUGGGAGCUCUAGCAUAGAGGCUGGCAUUCCUUUUGACGUCUAUGGAUCACGUCCCGGCCAUAACCUAGGCCACAGUCACUACUCCCACGCAGAAUAUGCAUAUCCGUACCCGCUGGAACACCACGAAAUAGCCGCCCACAAGGGGCCGGGUCAUGCAGAGCUGCCAUCCAAAGCCCUCCUAGCCAAAAGCUUUUUAAUUCCACUGGCUAGUGCUGCGGUUUUGGGAAUAGCCGCUGCCCUAGUGAGCAAUCCCCUUCUCCUCCAGUUGGGCACUGUUUCCGGUCUUGGCACGAUUGUGGGCAAACGUAAGCGACGAUCCGCUGAGGAGCGUGAUUUCUCUUUCAACUAUUGAUAGCAAAGAAAUUCUACUCACUACAUAGAUAUGCCAUUUAUAAACAAAUUAUUAAAUAAUUAUAAAAAAAGGA